AUGCAUAUCGCGAUCCUCACCUUCGACGGCUACAACGAGCUCGACUCGCUGAUCGCGCUCGGCAUCCUCAACAGGCUUUACCGAGACGACCUUCGGGUGUCCAUUGCCUGUCCUACGCCUAAGGUCCGCUCUAUGAACGGCGUUGUAAUAGAGGCAAUGUCCACGCUUCAGGACGCCUGCGCUGCUGACGCCGUUAUCAUCGGCAGCGGCGCUAAGACCCGCGAGGUAGUCGAGGACCCCAAUAUCAUGACCGUCCUAAGGAACCUCGACCCACGACGCCAGCUCAUUGCCGCCCAAUGCUCCGGCACCCUAGUAGCAGCUAAGCUGGGGCUGCUUAACGGUGUUCCAGCUUGCACUGACGACAUCAGCAAACCGUGGGUCGUCGCUGCCGGCGUCGAGGUCAUUAAUAAACCCUUCUGCGCUAGUGGAAACGUUGCUACUGCUGGUGGCUGCCUCGCCUCCCACUACCUAGCCACCUGGGUUAUUCGCCGACUAUUCAAUUCCAAAGCCGCCGAGGCCGCCCUACGCUACGUCGUCCCAGUAGGAGAGCAAGAAGAGUAUAUUGAAAGGGCCUUGCGUAACACCCAGCAGGACGAAAAUUCUCUACCUAAAGCCAUAUAA